AUGGACGAUGUGCCCGAAACAAGACGAAGGAUUGGCAUCAUCGUAGCACAACCAUAUUGGGAGAGAAGAAAGACCAUUCAGUUUUCGUGUCAUACUCCCGAGGACAGCAUCGUCAACUUCCCCUCACGCGAGGAACCCAAUUUUAAACACCUGAGAAAAUUGCAUGACAAGGGGAUUCAGGCAGUGGUCCAGGUCGUCGAAGGCGUCUGCCAGACAGAAGUCCGUGUCCCCUGGAGCCGCUGGGUGGAAACAACGCCCCCUGACCCACCGCCUGACGAUGCUCCUGCGCCCCAGAUAUCUUCGGAAGUGCUCGAAAGGCUUGAAAGCAGCGUCCAGGAAACCUCGACGGUCGAUGUGCUCAGCGACGACUGGGGAAACUUGGGGAGAUUCGAUCGCUCAGCUGCCGUCCUCAAGCCUUUCACACUUCCAGGAAAGGGAUUAGUCCCGACUUCCAAAGUUAAGGAAGAAGAAGAAGAAGCGGAAGAUGAAGAGGGCGAGGAGGAAGAAGAAGAGGAGGUGUCCUCUCCUGAUAUCUUGAAGCUUCAGAUGCUCCAGCGGAAAAUGAUGAGAAGGAUUUACGAGCGUCGCGCUGCCGCAGCCGCUGCCGAAUCUCCUCUGCAGAGGUUCCUGAGACAUUACCACGAGCGCCUGAAGGAUCUUUAUUCCGGAGGAAGCUGA